AUGAACAAUAAUCACGAUCAGAUGAAUCGGCACUAUGAGAAGAUCCUUCCAGAGUGUUGGCCAUGUUAUGAUAGAGAACUGAGAAAUUGGCCCAAGUAUUCCAUGCAAGGCAACGCUGACAAAGGUGAACACGAUUUGGUCAUAUCAAGUGUUUCUCGAGAAGACGCCGGAAAUUUUGAAUGCCAAGUCUCACCAACAGCAAAUCAGCCUUUACUACGCAGGAGCACUAACCUUUCUGUACUUGUGGUGCCCUCAAGGCCCAUCAUAAUGGCGCCUCCGGGUGAGCCGCAGCCGACGAAGAACGGUCAGCUGGUGAUAUCGCGGCCGGGAUUUUCUGUAGAGGACAACAUUAACGAUCUCUCCAGUGCCGACGACAAGCUGCGGUUGAUUUGUCAGGCUAAGGGGGGUGUGCCGGCGCCCGAUUUCGAGUGGUUCCACAACGGGCUGCCAAUGCGCACCAGCUAUGUUGGUGGCGGUGGUAACGACGUCUUUUCUACUCCCGUGGCGGAUGGAGGAGCUGAAGGAGAGGCCGUGUUGGUCAUCCCCAAGGCCAACCUAAUCACCGGCGAUCGACUUACUUGUCUGGUCACCAACAAGGCUACUCAACGUGCUGGAAACUUAGGGCAACAAAAACUGCUCGCCGAGAUCAUUGUCACGGUGCAGACGCCGCCAGGGGCUCCUGUCAUUCUCUCUUCGGAGGAAAGCAUUGUUGACUCCAUAAUUGCUAACGAAGGUGACACAGUGAAUCUCAUGUGUCAAUCAAAACCACCAGGGUCACCUCCGGGUGAAUUGAUUUGGCGUUGGGAUCAGUCACCAAGCCCAUUCCAAACGGAUUCCUCUGCAUCCUCAUCUCUUUCGUCAACAGUCACUGAGCUGAACAAAUUGCCCAGUCUCCAGCAAUUUUCACGACACACCUCCGAUGGAAAUCAACUGGAAAGCCAUCUCUCCCUGCCAGAUGUAAAGCGAGCCCAAAAUGGCCUUUCCAUAGUAUGCGUUACGCGGCACAAGCUGGGAAUGGAGCAAAAAGCAAAAAUCCUGCUCAACGUUAAGUAUGCCUUCUCUGGUGUUUGCAUUUACAAGAAUGAAAUGAGUAACACCAGACUACCCGGACCUAAGAGUUCAGACAAUAAGGAGGAGUGUUCAGCCCAACUCCUAUCAUCCUCGCAAUUUCCACGCACCCUGUAUGUGCGUCCGGAGCGGAAGCAGAUCUUUUCGUGUUCUACGACUCCCUUCUAUGGUCAAGCAACGAUCAAGUGGUUCGGCGCAUUGACAAUUAAUGCUGCCGAGUGGUACGAUCUCACUAACUUGACCUCCAUCGCAGAGUUGAAACGCGGGGGCGCCAAUGGUGCUAGCUACAUCAAGACGGUAUCGCUCCGAUUACCACCUGCAAACUCUAUGAGACUCGGUGCCCUCCAAUGCCGGGGCUAUUCCUCUGCUGAUGUGGAUUUCAAUACACACACCAACAUCGUGGAUCAAGUCGUACUAAAACCAUAUGGAGAUAGUGGUAGUACAUGA